AUGCCGCAUUUCCACCGGGUUAGAGAUCUCUUCGAGGAGUCUAAGUGUUGUGAAUUCGUGAUCGAGGACACUCUACCGGACUUGAUCACAUGGAGCUCGUCUUCAGACGAUUUCAUCAAUGACCAGGCGGUGCUCGUGGUAACCCCGGAACAGCUCGCACUGAUGAGCAAGAAGAUGACCGCAGAGAUAGAAAGUUGGCCCAGCAAGUACGGAGCGAAGUUCAUGACCCUGAUGGUCGUGCUCGAGUCAGGAAAGUCCAUUCAUAAGAACGUAGAAGACAUUAUCAUCCUCCAUCAACUGGAUUCGCUAUUCAACGUGAGAUCGGUGCACAAUCCCUUGGAAAUCUAUCAGCUACUGUACUGUAUGACGAAAGCUACGGCUGAAAAACAUUCGAAAAUCCUCCGGCAAGAGGUCCUCGGCUUCGAGGGAGGAAAACGGACGGCCAGCUCAGGUAGAGACGCAUGGGUGGCCUUUCUCGAGAUGUUCUUCACUCAUGCCGCGAAUCCUCUGGCGAAAGCCGUCGCGGAAAAAUAUCCCUCGGUGAGCGCCCUGAGGAGAGAGCUAUUGAGGAAACCCGUCGCGGAGGUGUUCGAAGACAUUCGGGUCACCGUGGGUCAGCCGCCCCUGCAGAGAACGUUCAGAAUCGGCGCGGAAAGUGCUAAUAAAAUUUACAACUUUUUCACGCAGGAUGACCCCGAAUUCCUCGUUUGA